UUCCGCUUCCGGUCCUGCGCGGCGCGGGGCUGCGGGCCUGCCGCGUGAGGCCGGUGGGGGGGGCUGCGCGCUCCCGGCGCCGCCGAGAGGGGCGGGGCGAGGCUAGGCCCCCGCUGACCGGGCCAAGAUGAGCGGCGAGGACGGCAACGAGGAGUUCUACCGGCAGCUGCAGCUGCAGCAGCAGUGUGAGGCCGAGCCCGGCGGCGAGGGCCAGGCCGACCCCUUCACCUACGUAGACCCGGCCGACGGGGCCGCCUACGAGUGGGACCGGGAGAAGAAGGCCUGGUUCCCCAAGAUAACAGAAGAUUUCCUGGCAACCUAUCAUGCCAAUUAUGGCUUCCAUGCAGAUGAUACAGACAGUUCAUCUGCUUCUGCCACAGCAACUGAAAGUAAGCAAGCAGUGAGCUCUAAGACAUCAGGAACACAACCAUCAGCAAGUGAGAAAGGACCUCAACAAACAGAUCCAAAACAAAAAGGGGAAAAAAGGAAGCUUGAGCCAGGAUGGUUUCAUGUGGAAGAAGACAGGAACACAAAUGUUUAUGUGACUGGUUUACCUCCAGACAUUACAAAAGAUGAGUUUGUACAAGUCAUGUCAAAAUGUGGUAUCAUUAUGCGAGAUCCUCAGACAGAAGAACACAAAAUCAAGCUGUACAAAGAUAAGGAGGGAAAUCUUAAAGGAGAUGGCCUCUGUUGCUAUCUAAAGAGAGAAUCAGUCCAACUUGCAUUGAGACUUCUGGAUGAGGCAGAGAUUAGAGGCUAUAAAUUGCAUGUUGAAGUUGCAAAGUUUCAACUGAAGGGGGAGUAUGAUGCAAGCAAAAAGAGGAAGAAGUGUAAAGACUACAAGAAGAAAUUGUCUCAACAGCAGAAACAGCUGGAUUGGAGGCCUGAGAAGAAAGAUGGUGUAACUCGAAUGCGACAUGAGCGCAUCGUUAUUAUCAGGAAUAUGUUUCACCCAAAGGACUUUGAGGAGGAUCCCUUAGUGCUAAAUGAGAUCAGAGAAGAUCUGCGGACAGAGUGCGAAAAGUUUGGUCAAGUAAAGAAAGUUCUCAUAUUUGAUCGACACCCUGAUGGUGUGGCGUCUGUGUCAUUUAAAGAAGCAACAGAAGCUGAUCUCUGCAAGCAAACCCUAAAUGGAAGGUGGUUUGGUGGACGUCAGCUCAGUGCUGAAACAUGGGAUGGUGUAACGGAUUAUCAGGUGGAGGAGACUGCAAGGGAAAGGGAAGAAAGGCUCAAGGUGUGGGGAUCAUUUUUGGAGGAUCCUGAUGCAAAGGAGCAGCAAACUACAUCUGAUUCGGCCACAAGCAGUGCUAAACUGCCUGAGGGCAGGCAACCUUCAGAAGUAAAUGAUGCAUCUAAGGAGGAUGUAAAUGAUGAAGCCACUAAGAGGGAGAAUAAUGGUGAGGGCAUUAAUGAAGAUGGUGCUCCAUCGACAGACAGCAGCCUUGCGGGCAGUGAUGCUGAAGCAGAUACAUAACAUCUUUGCUUUAUGAAAGCAUGUGUGUUAGGGUGAUGUUUGAGUUUGUCCCUUUCUUCAGGGUGACUGCAGACAGUGUUCAUAUGAAUAUACGCAUAUUGAAAUGUCAUCAACUCUGUGCUUUGAAGUUUUCAUUAAAAGCGGUAUUUAAUGAGGUUCUAAAAGUUUGUAUUAAUUGGCUAUUCAGGUAAAGUAACUCAAGUUGCCAAGAACGCAGUAAAACUCAUCAGGCUUCUUUUAUUCUAACUAUGCUCGUCAGUGUUUCAUUAUGUAAGUGUGAAAUACGUUCCAACCCUUAAGUUUAUGUAACUCUCUGUAUCUGAAGUAAUGCAAAGCUAGUACAAGAUUUGUGGAUUUUAAUGCUAGUUUUCCUGUACCCCUUGGAACUUGGUAUCUCAUCCUUAAAAAUUAUUCUUGUUCCGAGUGCUUUCGAUCAUUUUAUGGAACAGAUGCUGUGAUAUGUAUGGGGUGAAUGCGUUGGGUAUGUUGCUAUGCACAGCAUAGCAAGUCAUAGGAUAAAUACCAAGUCACAAACUGAAAGGACGUGGAAAACAAACAAUGUUGCUGUAGCCAACAUAAGGCAAACUGAGUGAAAAUAGAUUGUUAAAUCACAACAUUCAGUAAAUUGUUUUUCUUCCCCUGUUUCAAUUUUCUGUUGAGGCUGGAAUUAUGUCAAGGAGACUAGAAGUGCAUGAGCAUGCACAUUCUAGGCCAUAAUGAAAUACGACUGAUCUUAAGCUCUGAUGGUCUGAUGCUGUAUGUAUGCAUAAUGGACUUUUGAGUGAUGGGUUGGCUUUUAGUUUUUUGCUUUAAUAAUGGAGUAAAGAUUUUUGUUGAACUUUGUUAAAAUGAUGGGUGUGAGUUCUCUUCAACAGUUUAGCCUUGCGUGCCCUUCAAAAUGGGGAUCUCACAUGUUUCAUAAAAUAUAAAGGCUUUUGGCAACUUGAACUACAGUUUAUUGUGGAAAAGUUAGAGUACUUCAAAACAGGCUUUCAAAUAAUAUUCUUUUAUAUGGAAAAAGCAAAUGCUAGCCCUCCUAGAAAUAUUUCCAAAAGCAAGGAUUUAGAAGACGUUCUAUCUUUAGAUGUCUUCAGUGGCAGGCUUUAAAACAGGCUUGGGGGACCCAUUUUGGAUAUAGGAAUUCUUAAUUUAGAAUAUUGUAAUUUUGGUAUCUAAGGAUAGAAGAAUACGAUUUAGGCACUAAACAUGUUCAUAGGGAUGGUUAUUAGUGCACAUUUGUAAAGAGGAUCUUUUGAAUUCUUUUAAUUCCUAUGUGUCACAAGAAACUGCAGAUGCUAAUUCUUCUAUGUCCAUCCUGAAGUAUUCAGAAUACUAUGAAAAUGGGCAUGUUCAAAAUUCGUGCGCAGAGGUUACCAUGUAUAAAUUUUCCUGAAGCCUAUGUGGUACUUUCAGUUUGGUUUGGUGGUGGGUUUUUUUAGUACGUAUUUGAUACAUACGGGUAGCUAUGCCAGCGGGAGCAUCUAAGUUAACACUUGCCAUUGUGGUUAUAAAUCAUAUCUAUUUGUGACAAAAUAUCUGGUCUUAAAACACAGAUGAUAUUUGAACCCAGGGUUUAAAAGUCUGGGGGCGCAUUGUAAGCUGGCAUGACAAAUUUCCAAUUUUGGCUUGUAUUAUAAAGAAGAGCUGUAACUCUUGCCAGCUAUGAUGGACCUUUCCUCAUCUUUCAAAGUGUGUGGUCUCUAUGUUUCUGCAAAAGAGAUGUUUGAACAGUUCAGGGCAUCUGGAACACUGCCUGGUUUGUAGCUGCACAUGGGGGCAUAUUCAGACGACAUCUCUGAGUUGUGUUGGUUCUGCCGUAGUUAUUUUGAUUGGUGAUAAGCACCACAGACCUUUGAGAGCUGAAGGUUUUGUUGUAUGAAGAAUGUAAUUUGGUGUGCUGGGGAUGGCUAUUAGUGCUCCUUUUUUCUUCCAGCUUCUAGACUACAGGCUUUAGAUCUGUCGGACUAUUGUGUUUUGUUAGCUUUUUAUUUUAAGAAAGCCUAAUCAUAUAACACUCUAUCAAGUUAAAUCAUCUGUUUUACAGUGAAAUUGCUUGAUAAAAGGAAACUGCUGACAAAUAUGUAAACAUUGUACAGUUCUAUGAAGCCUUACCGUGGUGUCGGAUAUUAAAAAAAUAAGGUUAGUGUUAGUGUUUGAAAAAAGACUUUGAAAAAUAAAGCAUCAUUAUAUGUGCAGUAACCUUCCUCUCUCCAAUUGAUGUACAAAUUUGAUUGGCUUGCUUCAGAAGUCAAACAUGAUGUUAGUCUUUUUACCAUUUCCUCUAGACUUUACGCUGAAGUAGAAUACCAACAAAAGACUGAGACCAAAUGCUUUACUGGCUUUCUUAUUAACUAGGAUUCUUAAGAAAAUAAAAGCUUUUUCCAUGAAAAUAUGUUGUUCUGAAGUAUGGCAUUACACUCAAACUGAUAUUUUCCUUUUGUCUACCUCUGUUAUUCCCCAGUAAAAUGUAAAAAUAUAUUUUUAUAAACUAUUUGUUGAGUUCUUGCAGCGUUUACUAGUCUAUGGAGAGGUUAAUGCAGCUAUGACUUUCUUUUCAGCAGACUUUCAUUGAGACUGAAUUAUUUUGAUGUUUUCCUUAAGUAAUGCAAAUUUUUAUAAAUUAAUCUGAACACAUUAAAUUUUUUCACGAAAGUUAGUUAUUAUUUUGAAAUGUGAUUAUGAAAAUAUUGUAGGCUAGUGCAGUAAUGUUUAAUCCCAAAUUUUAGCAAUCUGAAAGAACAGUUGGUUUUUAAACUUUAAUUUUUUCUGACUAAUCAGCAUCAGGAAUGAUGGUACGAAAUUAAAACCCCAGUGCAAUUUUCACUAUAUUUGUUUUUUAAUUAAAGUGCUUUGUAACGACUUACCUUGCUUAUUAGAUGUGAAAAAAAUCAAACUUUUUCCUUGAUUUCUGAUUGUUCUUAAAUUCCACUGAAGUGCUGCAGUUUUAAUGCAUGUUCCUUCAUCCCUAGCCUUUCAGCGAGAGGAUCGCUUUAAGGCAACCUGUCUUAUUCCCUGUGUAUGUUAUGAAAAUAACAACUAGUAGCAGGUUGAAACAAUUUGUGGAUAAUCAUUGUUGCUCAGUUUUGAACCAGAGAAAUAUGUUUCUACUAAUUUGCCGUGUGUCAAGAUGGAUGUGAAGCCACUUAAAUAAGAGUAUUAACUAACUGGUACUAAUUUGACAUAGAUAAUCACUUUCUUAACCGUGCAAUACAGAAUCCCUUGCUUAGCUUCAAGACAUGUUAGUAGUUUGCUUUAUAAUCACAUACAAUUUAGUGGUUUGUUGGCAAGGUAAUUGUAUAGAGUUCCAAGUAUCCAUCAGAUUCUAUGGUUUGAGGAGCAUUGCCAAGGUAGACAUCUUGAAACAAAAAGCCCCAAAAGAAAAGGCACGUAAGUUGUAGUGGAUUCUUGAAUGUUCAUAUGCAGCUGUAAAGAGAGAACUAGUUUCAUUUUGCAUCAAAAUGUUUAUCUGUUUCUCCUGAUGACUUUUUUAAUUACUUUUUUAAUUGAAUUUCAGUCCAUUGUACAGCUUGCAUUUUGUAUAAGGAUUGCAAUUCACUUAAAAUCAUUAGUAUGUUAAAUGCAGUGCAUUUUUAGCUAAAACGUAUCCUAGACAUUAUUCAGUUAAGAUUAACCUAUUUACACUUACGAAUACUUAGCUUGACUCAGUUAAGAAAACGUAUAAGGUAUUGGAUGCUUCAUAGAAACCCAAACUUGCGUUUAAAUUUUCCAGUAAAAUCAGCAUCUGUACCCUAAAUUCUUGAACUGUAUGAACUAACCAAAUUCUUAAAAAAAAAAAAAAAAAAAAAAAAAAAAAACCCACAAAGCAUAGCUACAGAUCUUAAUUGGAUUUAAAAUUCUUAUUUUUAUUUCUGAAUUUGAGGAAACGUACUGCAGUGUGGUAACUGAAUUUUGUAAGUUGUGUACUGGUGUUGAUUUGACUUGUGUGUAUUUUAGUGUUCAUUAAAUGAGGCUUCAAGUCUUGCUGUCAGGAUACUCUGGAAGUUCUGUAAAAUAUAGAAUUAUGAAGUCUUUUGCAGCAAAUUUUUUUUUGUUCAUUCUGUAAUAUGAAAGUAUGUUGUUAGAUUAAACUUUUCGGUAAGAUGACUUGGAAUUUUUCUGGCAGGUUGUUUUCUUUCCGUAAGCGGAACUGAUAAUUAUCCUUUACAAAACAGACCUUUAAAAAUAAUAAAAAAAACAAAA